CUUCUGCUCCCUCAGAUCAUCUUCUAUGAGGACAGAAACUUUGGAGGCCAUCACUAUGAGUGCAUGAACGACUGUGCUGACCUGCACUCAAUGUUUGACCACUGCCGCUCCAUACGCGUGGAGAGCGGCAUGUUCAUGAUCUACGACCGACCGGGUUUCAUGGGGAACCAGUACUUCAUGAGAACGGGAGAGUAUUCCGACUACAUGGGCAUGACUGGCAUGAAUGACUGUGUCCGGUCAUGCCUCAUGAUCCCCUUUCACAGAGGCAGCUUCAGGAUGCAGCUGUACGAGCACUUCGACAUGGAUGGUGAGAUGAUGGAGUUAACGGAUGACUGCCCAAACCUCAUGGGUCGCUUUCAUCUCGCCAACUUCAACUCCUGCAACAUCCUGGACGGCCACUGGCUGGUGUACGAGCAACCCAACUACAGGGGGCGCCACUACUACUUGAGGCCCGGCCAGUACAAGAGCUUUAGUGAAUGGAAAGGUGCAAACUCCAGGAUUGGCUCCAUCAGACGUCUGAUGGAUCUCUAAGAAAGGGUUCUCAUAAAAUGCCUGCUCUUUUCCAUGUUUCACACGCUGAUGAAAAUGGCGUCAGUGCUCAAGUGGAUUCAAUUUUGCUCUUGCUCUUUUCAUUUGAAGGGCAACUUCUUCCAGAAAGAUGUAACAUGCCUGGAUAUUCUGACUCUGACCAGAGGAAUAAAUAAAAUACUCCCA